AAAAGUGUUUAGAUCACUUUUUUUCUCUUUUUUUUUUUUUUGUGUGUGUGUGCUUUGGACAGUUGAGAAAGCGUCAUCUCUCAAUGACCCAAAAUUGCCAUAAUUUUAUUAUACACAACAAAUAACAAUAUUGUUUUUUAAAAAAAUAAUAUAAUUAUUAUUUUUUAUUGUUGAUAAUUUAAACGGUGUAUAUACUGAAAAUUAAUUAACAAAUAAUUUGAUUGAGCAUUAUAAAAACAAUGGGUAUUGGCUUGAAACCACUUGAAUUUACAGAUUGUCUUACAGACAGUCCGUAUUUUCGUGAAAAUUUACAUUAUCAUGAACAAGAAUUAGAAAAAACUAGUGCACAAAUAAAACGUUUAAUUAAAGAGGUCAAGGAUUUAUUAACUGCUGCAAAAAAUCUGUCCCGAGCCCAGCGAGCCUUCUCCAAAACCUUACAAAACUUUAGUUUUGAAUGUAUUGGUGAAACUAAAACUGAAGAUGAAACUCAUAUAUCGCAGAGCCUAACUGAGUUUGGUAAACUCAUUGCAUCAAUUGAAGAUGAAAGAGACCGUAUGCUUGAACGUGCUUAUGAUCAAAUUAUUCUGCCUCUAGAAAAUUUUAGAAAAGAGCAUAUUGAAGGAGUCAAGGAGGGAAAAAAGAAAUUUGAAAAACAAACUGUUAAUUUUUGUCGAAGUCAAGAAAGAUAUUUGAAGUUAUCAACUCAAAAACAAGACAAUGUUCUACAAGAGGCUGAUGCAACAUUGGAUAUGGCUGAACGACACUUUUGUCAAGCCAGUUUAGAAUACGUAUUUUUAUUACAAGAAGUACAAGAACGUAAAAAAUUUGAAUUUGUUGAAACGUUGUUGGGUUUUAUGUUUGGAUGGUUAACAUUUUAUCAUCAAGGUCACGAAGUUGCCAAAGAUUUUAAACCAUACAUGACAGAAUUGCAAUUAAAAAUACAAAAGACUAGAGAAAAUUUUCUUGCAACCCGAGAUAAAACUGAAUCGCUUAUGAAUAAAAUGAAGGACAUGAAGAAGUCAGUUGUUGAGAGUGGAAUAAGCAAGUUGUAUUCACGAGAGGGUUACCUAUUUCUCCUGGAAAAAAAGGCAUUUGGUACAACAUCAUGGACAAAGCAGUACUGUACAUAUCAAAAGGACAAGAAAGAGUUUACAAUGAUACCCUACAAUCAACUAACUGGAAAAUUUAGUAACAAGGAGAUUCUGACACUGGCAAGCUGUGUUCGUCGAAUGUCAGAUACUAUUGAAAAACGAUUCUGCUUUGAUAUAACUGCUGUAGAUAAGCCAAAUAUAAUGUAUACAUUUCAAGCAUUAUCUGAGGAGGACAGAAAAUUAUGGAUGGAUGCAAUGGACGGUAAAGAGCCAACUUAUGCACUUCAAGGUACAUCAGUUAAACCAGAAGACGUUACUUUAGAUGAAAAUGGAUUUUCAUUUGUUUCAAAAUGUAUAACUGCACUUGAAGAUCGUGGUUUAGAGGAGGUGGGAUUGUAUCGAGUUGUUGGUGUUGCAUCAAAAGUAAAUAAAUUACUGACAAUGGGACUCGAUAGAAGGAAAUUAGAUAAACUAAAUAUUGAUGAUCGUUUUGAAUGGGAAAGUAAAACAAUUACAAGUGCUCUAAAAACAUAUUUACGAUCAUUGUCAGAGCCACUUAUGACAUUUAGAUACUACAAUAGUUUUAUACUAGCUGCAAAACAAGAAUGCAGAGAAUCACGUAUAAAUGACAUACAUAUUCUCGUUUAUCGUUUGCCAAAAUCAAAUUUUAGAAUGCUGAUGUUGUUGAUUAAACAUUUAUACAAUGUGUCAAAUAAAAAUGACAAAAAUCGAAUGACUGUUGGAAAUUUAGCAGUUUGUUUUGGUCCAACUUUAUUACGUCCUGAGGAAGAAACAGUUGCUUCAAUAAUGGAUAUUAAAUUUCAUAAUAUUGUUGUUGAAAUUCUUAUUGAAAAUUAUGAAAGAAUAUCAGCUAGACCACCAGAAUCUUCACGACCAUCACAAAUAUCACAAACAACUAAUAAUAAUCCAAUUAAAACUGAUGAUGCUCAAGCUGCAACUGGAAAUGGAAAUAUACAUCGAUAUUCAACGCACAAUAUAGCUCCUUUACAAACACACUUGGUAACAAGAUCAUAUUACGAUGGUCCAAUGUCAAUAGUAACAAAACCAUUUUCUAUUGAUGAUAGAAAAAACGAUGAAUUUGAUGACAUCGAUCAUAAUAUACAACGAUUACCCCCAUUUACAGAAACUAGAAUAAAUCGUCCAAAAUUAACAAAUGCAAAUUUUAUGUAUCAUUCAGCAGACAAAGUACUUGGUAGUGGAAAUACAAGUAGUUCAAAUGAAUCUGUUGCAUCAGAUUCACAACUUUUAACUCAAGAUUUACCGGUAAAACAUAAACGUGGUGGUGCCAUGAUGGGUAUGCAUUAUCCAUCUGGUUAUACACAACGAAGUAACCCAGCCAUAUCAGUAGCCAAUCCAUCACCAAAUAGUGGUAGAUCAAGUCCAGGUCAAGGAAUUUGGCGAGUUCGUACUCUUUAUGCUUGUAUGGCAGAAAAUGAUGGUGAACUAUCUUUUGAGCCAAAUCAGAUAAUCACAAAUGUUAAACCGUCAUUGGAGCCUGGAUGGUUAGAGGGUACAUUAAAUGGAAAAAGUGGUCUUGUACCGAAAAAUUAUGUUGAACAAUUACCAUAGUAAUACGAGUGAACCAAAGAAUUCACAAAUCACAUUUUGCAAUUGCAUUUUACAGCAUUAAAUUUUUUUA